AGGGAGCAGAGGCAAGAGGGGAAAGGGCAUGGCCUGUCCCGGGAGCACCCCGUGCAGGCCGCAGAGGGGUGUGCGGUGGUGUCUGUGCUAAGCUGGACUCGGCUGGCUGGGCUCAGGCUCCGGGUGGGGCUGGGGUGCUGAGUGGGUGACCCUGGAUGCAGUGGUGCGAGCUGGGCCCAAGGGCUGGGGAGGCAUCAGGCCCAGACGGGGCCGGGUGUUCCUGCGGUGGGAGCUGGGGUCUGGGGGCUCAGGGCAUGGCUGUGACUCGCUGGAACUGACCCUGAUGGCCCAGGACGGCCACGGCAGGUCCAAGGCAGGACGGUGGUGUGCUGACCACGGGAGGGGGAAGACCAGAGUGGCUGCGGGGCCAGCAACUGGGUGGACAGCCUCCCGGGAGGUGAAGGGAGAGUCCUUCACGACCCCUCCUGUCAGUGCCAGGGUCCCCAGCACACGCAGGCACACAGAAGAGCACAUCCACAACGCCCAUGACGGGGUCUGCAGCAUGAGGGGCACACAGAAAUCCCCGCCCGCCUCCUGCUCUGCCCGCUCCAGGACGGGGCUGCCGGACACUCCUCACUCCCGGAGGCUUCCGCAGAGGCUCUGAGUGGCAGGAGCCCACCUUCGGGUUGAGAGGGGCGAGGGGCGAGGGGCUGUGGGUGGCUGGCCGUGUGGACCUAGGUGUGGACCCCCCUUCACGGAGGAGCGAGUCCACGGUGCUUUUAGUUUGGGGAGACUCGAGGUCAGAGCAACACCGGAGAGCUGGGGGGAGUGGAGGGCACCCCUCCCCCAUCCUAGUCUGCCAAGGCCAACUGGGCUGGGGCCAGCCAGGCACCCAGGCCAGGACCACCCAAGGAGGACUCACAUGAUGGGCUGGGGGCCCACUAGGGGGACCACCAGGGGACCCCAGCCACUCCCAGCUGACUUGAGCUCACCCUCGGAAGCCAUCCUGAUGUGGUCAACACAACACUCCCCAGCACUCCCCGGACAGUGCGAGUGUCCCCCCCCAAGGAGAGGCAGGCCCUGCUGGAUCCUCAGCAGGUCCUCUGCAAAGAGCCACAGUGACCACACCCCCCCAGGUGCUGCGCAGAUUCCGCUGAGGGGGGGCUCAGGGCCACCUGGAAGCUGACUGCGCGGCAGCCGUGUGCGGCCGUAGUCCGGCGAGGCCACGGUAAACCUGGCAGCUGUGGGCCCGCCUUCGCAAGGCCUGCGCCGAGCCCUGAGAACCUAGCAGCCGUUUACUGGCAUUAGCGGUGCAGCAGAGGCUGGAAGGGGAGACGCAGGUACAGAACGUCAGGGUUGGCUCUGAUCCUCGGAAGAGAUGACAAGGCCCAAAGGGCAGGAAGAGGGGGCCGGGACAGCAGAGGAGCCGGGGAUCCGGGGGAUGGGGCGGGAGCCCCAGAGAGGUCAGGGCCCUGGGCUGGGGCGUGCGCAGCGGUGGCCUCGGAAGGGGCUCUAGGGUGGUGGCUUGCGGUACCACGGAGGGACUCUGAUGGAGGCAGAGUAGGGGUGAGAAGCCAGGCUUGGGGGAGGCUGGAGGUGCUGGGGGAAGCUCCGAGACCGGCAGGUGUGCGUGCUGACAGGUCGCACCAGCCGCAAUGCUGACGGUGGCCUGGCCCCUGGGGGCCACUGGGAGCACCUUGGCCCCUUGGUCCCCCAACUCUCAUCCCACUCUCGGCACCAGACCCCGUGCUGGUGGCCGGCCACGCGCAUCCCAGAGUCCUGAGCCGCUCUCAGGCCGGUGACCUUGGGCCCAUGUCGGCAGGCCGCGGGGCUGGAUCCUACGACGCGGGCGCGUCUGGGUUCUGCAAGGAGGCAGAGAAGGGGCCCUACAGGGUCAGGCUCGACUGGGCUGCUCGGGCCGACCGCAGCCGAGGCAGCAGUCAGGGUGCGCUCCCUGGUAGCGGCGGUAGCGGCUCGGCCAGGUGGCUCCAGGCAGGGGCGGCAGGCGGCUCGUAGGGCGGAGCCGGGGCGGGACGGGGCGCCCCUGGGCAGAGCGCGCACCGCCUCCACGCUGGGCUACGGCGUCCGCGGUCACGCGAGCACACGCGAGUCCCCUCAGGGCCCAGGGCGGCGCAGGGCCGCCUCCCGGACACAGCCCCCACCCCGGGACCCCCACUCGGGCAGGGCGGCGGCACGGCGUCCGCGUUCGGGCCGGUGACCUUCCCCGGCGCGGCCGGGGGCGGAGCCCAAGAAGCCCCGCCCCGCGCGCUACCAUUGGCCGGAGCGCGGUGUCCUUUCAAAACGCCGGCUACCAUUGGCUCGCGCGGCACCGCCCCGCACCGCCGGAGGCUCCCGGCCGACGUCCGCGCGGCAGCUGCGCGUGCGCGGAGGACGCGAAACGCCGUGCGCCUCCGCGCCUCCACUCGGCCAGCUAGUCCCGGCGCCGCCCGCCUCGCCCCGCCCCCGCGGAGGGAUCCGCGCCGUCGCGGCCCAAAAGCCCGGGGCGAGGCGGCCGGGCCGGGAGCCGCUCGGCUGCUGCGUGUGGCGGAGCCCGGUCCCGCCCGCCGCCCGCGGCCUCGGCUCGGAGGCCCGGCGUCCGCGGGCCGGGGAGGCUGCCGCGCGCGAUGCUGCUGUCCAAGUUCGGCUCGCUGGCGCACCUGUGCGGGCCCGGCGGCGCGGACCACCUCCCGGCCAAGCUGCUGCAGCCAGCCAGGGCGGACCGGGAGAGCUUCGAGAAGGCGUACCAGGUGGGCGCCGUGCUGGGGAGCGGCGGCUUCGGCACGGUCUACGCGGGCAGCCGCAUCGCAGACGGGCUCCCGGUGGCCGUGAAGCACGUGGUGAAGGAGCGGGUGACCGAGUGGGGCAGCCUCGGCGGCGCGGCCGUGCCCCUCGAGGUGGUGCUGCUGCGCAAGGUGGGCGCGGCGGGCGGCGCGCGCGGCGUCAUCCGCCUGCUGGACUGGUUCGAGCGGCCCGACGGCUUCCUGCUGGUGCUGGAGCGGCCCGAGCCGGCGCAGGACCUCUUCGACUUCAUCACGGAGCGCGGCGCCCUGGACGAGCCGCUGGCGCGCCGCUUCUUCGCGCAGGUGCUGGCCGCCGUGCGCCACUGCCACAGCUGCGGGGUCGUGCACCGCGACAUCAAGGACGAGAACCUGCUGGUGGACCUGCGCUCGGGCGAGCUCAAGCUUAUCGACUUUGGCUCCGGCGCGCUGCUCAAGGACACGGUCUACACCGACUUCGACGGCACCCGGGUGUACAGCCCCCCGGAGUGGAUCCGCUACCACCGCUACCACGGGCGCUCAGCCACCGUGUGGUCUCUGGGCGUGCUGCUCUACGACAUGGUGUGUGGGGACAUCCCCUUCGAGCAGGACGAGGAGAUCCUCCGCGGCCACCUGUUCUUCCGGAGGAGGGUCUCUCCAGAGUGCCAGCAGCUCAUCCAGUGGUGUCUGUCCCUGCGGCCCUCGGAGCGGCCCUCGCUGGACCAGAUCGCUGCUCACCCCUGGAUGUUGGGGGCCAGUGGGGACACCCCAGAGACCUGUGACCUGCGUCUGUGUGCCCUGGACCCUGACGACGGGGCCAGCACCACAUCCAGCAGCGAGAGCUUGUGAGGAGGGACCUGGACGCCGGCUCAGGGCCUGCCCCUCGCUCAUGAGAGCCAAGGGACCACCUGCCUCCGCCAGCCCCCUGUUGCCCCCAAAACACUGACAUUCUCCUGCCUGGGCUGUCUCCUCCUGCAGAAGCAGUGAUCUGUGACCCCUGGUGACCUUUGCUUUGAGUGCCUUUUGAACGCUGGUCCCACCGGACUCGGUUUUCUCAAGCUCUGUCUGUCCAAAGACGGCUCCGGUCGAAGCGAGAUCCCGCCUGCCCUGGGUGGACACUUGAGCCCGAGACGCCCCUCUCUGUGCUGCUCUGUCCGGGAGACGUGUCUGACCGGGAGCAUUCUCACCCUUGGGCACGGGGGUCCCGUGCCCCCCUCGCAUCCUCCAGUCGUACAGUAUCCGUCUGGGCGUGUCCAUGCACAAGCAAUGCAACUGCGGGCUUCUGUGCCCGCCUGCCCACGCGCGCUGUGUCUGCGCGUGCCAACGUCUGUUAUUUAUGGUGUGACCCCCGUGGAGGGCGCCCCUGGCCCACCGGGGCUAUUUAUUUAAUUUAUUUGUUGAGGUUGCUUUCUCUGGGCAGCCCGCUGCCUCCAGGCCCCUGGGGUGGUGGGGAGGGGAGGGUGGCUGCGAUCCAGGGACGCAGGGCCUGAUUCUUGCACCUGGUGUAGGUCCCUGGCCUCACCUGUGUCUGUCAGAAGAUGAACUUGUACAGUGGCUAAUUUAAGGGGAGUGGGUGACCCUGCCACCUAGAAGCACUGUGCCCUAGGGGGUGGGUUUUAAAUUAUUGACUUUGUACAGUCUGCUUGUUGGCUCUGAAAGCUGGGGGGUGGGGGGCAGAGUCUCAAGCCUCUAAUUUAUUUUAGCAGCUGUGUUUAUGUGGUCCCGGUGUGUCUAGGCAUCGAGGAUGGGGGUUUCUUUCAGUUAAGAAGUGUGAGAUGUCUGGAGAUCAUAUUUUUUAUACAGGUAUUUCAAUUAAAUUUUUUGUACAUA